UAUAAGUGACCAAGUUUAUUCAUGCCAUUUUUAAAAUUCUCUGUUUCUCGUAUUUAGUGGAAUAACAGAUGUGAUCGACAAAAUCAUGAGUUUGUGGGGCAGUCUUGGCAUUUUAAAAAUUCUCUUUCUUCUCAUGUUUAGUGCAAUAACAGAAGUGAGCGACAAGAUCAUGGGUUUGUGAGGGGCAGGUUCGAGCAGCCAGUGACAUUUAAAGCGCGCGGCUGAUUCAGUGCGCGCGUCACACUCUCGCCGCUGGCGCUUCAAUUUAGUUUAUAUUCUGCUCACAUACAACUCUUAGCUGAAAGACAUGGCGUCCGUCACUUUAGGACAGCACCCUGCUCAACACCACCUCGACUCGGAUCAGCAACUAUUCCACAAACUGAAGUCGAGCGACAGGAAGAAAUUCACGCGUAAAUGGUCGCUGGACAGGAUCAUCACACGAAACAGAGCGAGUGAUAUGGACAGCGGGAGAGCCGCAGUCUCAGCAUCGCUCGCGUUACUCAAUCACGAGCCGCCUUCAGCAUCACACAACCGUGGCGGCUCGCCACGUAGUAACAUGGACGGACCGAUUGUGGACAUGGAUCGAGAGAACGCGAACAAUAAUAACGGGAUAUUUCGCAGACACAGUGCCGGGAGCCGGAGAAGCUCGGUGAAGGACACGGCAAAGAUCCAUGCGUCUUCAUCCCCACAAGAAGUUCGCAAUCCCUCGGCGCGGUCAAACUUCAGCUGCCAGACAGACGAACUGGGAGGACUGGCGAUCGACAAGCUGACACAGGCAAGGUCAGGAGUAGUGAAGAUGCGAAGCGAGCCUCUCAGGAGGGAGGCAUGGUCCAUCUUCAACCAGAGAGACCCGAGGGUGAAGGCAGAGAGGGGAGAGGGCCACAUCUUCACCUCCAGACGGCUGAGCCAGGACUGGUGCGACGCCUGCAACCGCCAGAUCAGCAGCGCUGCGCUAAAGUGUCAAAACUGCAGCUACACAUGUCAUUUGGAGUGUCAGGGGCUUGUUCAGCUGGACUGCAACCAACUAGACCAGCCGACAGAGGAUGUGUCUACCCCCACUCCACAGAGGCCCGGCGCCAAAGAUGCUCAGGAGACGAAUGUCCCAAAAGAGGAAGAGAAGCCAACAUCCCUCACAGAAAAAGAGAUUAAAGCUAAAAUAGAUGACUACAACUCCAAAGUGACGGAGAAUGGAAUGAAAUUAAGCUCAGAUGGCACAUACACUGGUUUCAUAAAGGUUCACUUGAAGUUGCGCAGGCCCGUGACUGUAUUAUAUGUGGACGGGAAGCCGCCAGGACCGUGUUCCUCUUCUGAAAGUUCAGAUAAUCGCACAUCCUUUUACCUGCCCAACGAUGCCGUUAAACAGCUACACAUCAGCAGUACCACCACGGUCAGGGAGGUCAUUCAGGGCCUGCUGAAGAAGUUCAUGGUACAGGAUAACCCACGCAAGUUCGCCCUCUACAGCCAGACCCGUCGAGACAGCCAGGAUCUUUUCCAGAAGUUGCCGUUAUCAGAAUGCCCACUCUACUUGAGGCUGUUAGCAGGUCCUGAUCUAGAGAACUUGUCUUUUGUACUCAAAGAAAAUGAGACCGGUGAGGUGGAGUGGCAUGCGUUUUCAGUCCCUGAGCUCCAGAACUUCCUGAUCAUCCUGGAGAAGGAGGAGAAGGAGCGCAUGCGGCAGGUGGAGCAGCGUUACUCUGCCUACAGGGAGAAGUUGCUACAGGCUCUGGGUCAAGUCAAGAGCAAACCCGGCUAAUGUAGGAUAACAAAUCUCCUUCACCCCACUGAGCCAACACUGGGCCAGCCUGGAGGACCAGUAGCCCAACAGACAAACUCAAAACCUCCACUCAGGACUUUGUACACGUUCUCAGCAUGCUUCUGUGACCUUUAACCCCCAAAGACGGGCAAAGGGAUCGAGACAUGACUAAGACGAAGAGGAGGUUGGAACUAACGAUUAGUACUUCAAGAGUAAUCCUUCUCUCCAGAAAUGGCACACUGUUGAAAGCCCAGGAAUAUGUUUCUGGCAGUCAUGCUUUUUUGAUAUGAAUGAGUUUCGUUUAAUUUUUUCUCUUUUUUUUUUACAUUGACCUUGUCUGUUUGCGUUUUUUACAUGCUGCUGCUAUUGCUGCUACUGCAAGUGUUACUUAAAGCAUGACUUUCCCUUUGGUCUCUCUGCUUGUAUCUACCGCAUGUCCUCUAUCAGGGAAUAUCUAUAUGAAAGAGCGGAGUAAAAAAAGUACUUCCUGUCCGAAAAGGAAGUGGGGAGACUUAAGUUAUAGAAAACAUGAUGCCUGCGAAAUAUCAGAGGACAAAUAGAAACCUUGUCCACAUAUCAAAUUAUACAGUUCAUAAACAAUUGUAACAUGCUACUGUAAAAAAAAAAAAAAAGAAUUAUACUGUUUAUACUGGAGAUUGUCUUAAUAUAACUAUAAACGUACUGUAUUACUGAUAAUGUUUCACCCUACAGCUCAAUAUUUCACCCCACGGAUUCAAAAUAUCUCUUUUUUUCUAUUUAAAUGAUCAAAAUGGCUGCACAUCUCUGUCACAAAGCUCACUAGCCACUAUAUCUAUUUAAAAAAAGUGUUUGAAUAGAUCUGGGCUGCUGAGCAUGUUCAGACACAGACAUUUUGAGCUCCUCUGGUCCUGCUUUUAGAAACGCUCAGCACUGACAAAUCACCUCAGUCUCUCAAGUGCGCCACCAGUACUUAAUGUGCAGGGAGCAUCACUGGAUGUGAGGAUUGUGGGCUGUGGUAAGCUUUUCUGAAUCACUUCGGCUUUUAGCACAUACAGUAAUACACAAGGUCAUGUUAGAUUAGAGGGCAUCUCCUAGAUCAGCACUCUGGAAAGCUCUGCGGAUCCAAACCGCAAGCAUCUCAAUCUGUAUUACACCAAAGGAAAACAGAACAAGCUCCCAAACUAAAGCUUUUAUAAAGAUCUUUCUGCUAAUGUAAAGUGGAGUCUGGAUGUCUGUGAUUUGCACACCGACACAAACCACUGAGUGAUCCACCAGUAUGUACAGUAGUCAAUAUUGUUCUGUACAGGGAACAAGAGAUGGAUUUAACUUUUUUUUUGGCUUUGAAAAUUAGCAUAUUUUAUUGCGCGUCUGCUAAAUUUGCGGUGAAUUGAAUGUGUCUGUGACACUGAGGGAAUUUAUUAUUUGUGAAGAGCAUUCAAAAGCACUGAAGCGGUUUUCCAUAUUGGUCGGGAAUAACUGUGAACCCGCAAUUUGAUGUUCUAGGCACUGAUAUUUCAUUUCUCUUCUCCUUUAAAAGCACAUUUAAGUCUCAAUCUCUCAAAUAACCAAACAGGACAUCUUUAGCAAGCAGAUUUGUGAUGGCAGAGGUCUGAGUUAUAAUUCGGACUGGUAUGCUUGUAGAGGCACUUUAAAGUCAUAUGUUUCCAUUUGGAUCACUCUGCCCAUGUGCUCGGCCUGUAUAUUUUGAUCUUGUAUGGGUACAGAUCCUGCCGGACUGGAAGUAUCACUUCUACUCUAAGCAAGCAGCAGGGCCUUGUAUGUCUGCUCAGGAUGCUUCUCCCUGACAGCCAUGUUCCUGCUGGCAGUGCCUUUAGUCUCUGUGUAGUUUAUCUUGACUGUGUACUGUACAUAUGCUCUAGAUGUCCUUCCCUAUAACUCCACGUUGAGAGAGUUCACACAUAUUCAGUGGCAGUAGCCAGGUGCUUUCAACGUCUGAGCCUUUAAGACCAUGUGAGACUUUUUGGGACUAGUGUUUAAAAUGAUAAAGCGUGUGCGUGUGUAUGCAUGUGUGCGUUUGUUUAAUUUAUUUUUGGUUUAGUUUCAGUGUGUGUAAACUUGAAUAUGUGGACAAAUCAGUACUAUUGGGCAAUGUUUUUUUGUUUUGUUUUUGAGUAUCAAAUGUUUAAAAUGUAUAGUAAGCUGUAAAUAUACUGAAGAAUAAAAUAAAAGGUCACCCUUUCA